GCGGUGACCGAUCUGCUGCGGUUCGCUAGUGAGCGGAUUCGCGAGCUUCCGUUGCCACUGAAAGAUGGGCACAAACUCUUCAUUCAGCAGAUUCUGAUUCCCCUGCACAAGACCCAUGCUUACCCUGACUACAGUCUGAGCUUAAACGUGAGCAUGCUAGACUUUUUAAACAAGGACCGCGAGCUCGCUAAUAUGAUGUUUGAAGGUAUUUUGAGUGGCGAUCCGAUACCACCUACCUCUGAGCUCUGUCUCUUGGAUGAACUGAAAUCCCUGAUGAAUAGCGCUCGGCUUGAAAAAAUCACUAAAUCUAGUGCUCAGCUUCUGUUUCGACGGAUUGCCAAGGGCUUGACAGGUUCAGACGUGGAUGUGGCGAAGAUUGCUUUGGACAUUUUGUCAUGGGAUAGAUUUAUUGAAUUUGCCAAACUGCACAAGAAUAUUUCUCUUCCAGUUAUAAUACCAGAGCUGCAAAAUGCAGGAAAACAUUGCGUUGGGGACGAGUCUGUUCAAGUCCUUGCAGCUGAAGUUCGUAACAGGUUCUAUAAUGUUGAGAGGUAUGCUGACAGGCAGGUGGAAGGAACUUCUUCAGAUAACAAGAGGAGAAGAAUAUAGUGAUGUUAUGCAACUUACGCUUUUGAUGACAGGUUUAUACAUUUUCAUAGACUUAACACAGAAAGUGAGAGCAGCUGUAGAAGACAUAGAAGGUAGAGUGCAUUCUUACAGACACUGGAAUUUUGGGUUUAAGUUCAUGACAGUUCGUAAGAUCUGCAGUUUCUCUUAUUUUGAUGUAUGUAACGCUUUUCAUAAACUUGUAAUACCUAUGCCAUCAAAGUAUUUUUUUUCU